AGAUUAAUCAGAUUAUGCAGCGGGCCACAUUAUUUCUCUUUGUAAUUAGUGUUAAGUUUUCAUCAAACAAACCAAUUAGUUAAAGAAAAAGACUGGGACCUAUUCAUCCACUUUGCCAUUCUUCAAGUUCCAACAUCCAAAGCCAGCUAGUCAAACGGAUAUAUAAAGACCCCAACCAAAGGAAAAGAAGAUACAAACAAACAACAACAAGAAGGGUCUCUAAUUUACUUCUGCAGGGCUUGAAACCAUGGCUUUGGUAGAGAGAGUUGUGGUUUUGUUCAUAGUGAUGGCAUUUGUGCAGGUUUCAUUUGCAGCUGUAUACAAGGUUGGAGACUCUGCCGGUUGGACUACCCUUGGCACCAUAGACUACAGGAAAUGGGCUGCAACCAAGAACUUCCAAAUUGGUGACACUAUCAUAUUUGAAUACAAUGCCAAAUUCCAUAAUGUGAUGCGAGUGACACAUGCCAUGUACAAGACAUGCAACGCAUCAUCCCCUAUUGCUACCUUCACCACUGGCAAAGACUCCAUCAACAUAACCAAUCAUGGCCACCACUUCUUCUUCUGCGGCGUCCCUGGUCACUGCCAAGCAGGACAGAAGGUUGAUAUUAACGUGCUCAGCAUUUCUGCAGAGGCACCUACUCCUUCAGGUUCAGCUUUGGCCUCUCCAACAGUUCAAACCUCCACUGUGCCUGCACCUUCUCCUAGCAAUGCUACCCCAUUGAUUUCUCUAAAGGGAUCUUUUGGUUCGGUGGGUUUUAAUAUGACAGUGUUUUGUUUAGUUUGGUUUAUGUACUUUUUGCCUAGAUCGUUGGCACGUUUGUAAACCAUUUGAAUGACAAAGAAAACAUUUAUUAGAUAUAUUACAAUGUAUUUUUCCUCCAAACAUGGUUUUGUAUGUUUAGUUACAUAUGUAUGGAAAAACAUCGGUCGAGAGAUAUCAAUCCCAUAAAUAAAAUAGAUUUUAGUAUUUUGAGUGUA